AUGGCUCCGCCGUCGAAGAAAUCUGAAUCUAAACCCAGCCUUAGGAAGCAUCAGAGGCCUUCUAAGAAACGUCCCAAGCCUGAGGGAAGCAACUCCGACGGAGCAAUUUCAUCCGUGCAGUUGCCUCUUGAGGCCGAAGACAACGCCCCUGACUUCCCCCGAGGUGGGGGAAGUUCUUUGAGUAGAGAGGAAAGAAAUGAGGCAAGGAAUUUAGCGGAUGACGACUUUGAGACAAACCAUAUAGUGCUGAAGAAAAGGAAGAAGGAAAAGCGAGUUCAAAAUAGGAGCCUGUCCACAGAGGAUGAAUUAGGUACGCUCUUUGGAGAUGGGAUCACUGGGAAGUUUCCGAGGUUUGCUAAUAAGAUCACUCUGAAGAAUGUUUCUUCGGGCAUGAAGCUAUGGGGUGUGAUUGCUGAAGUAAACGAAAAAGACAUUGCUGUUAGUCUUCCUGGGGGAUUGAGGGGAUUAGUUCGUGCAUCUGAUGCUUUUGAUCCCAUUCUGGAUGAUGACGUGAAAGUGGAUGUGGAGAAUGGAUUCCUGUCUAGAAUCUAUCACGAAGGGCAGCUUGUGUCUUGCACCGUACUGCAAGUAGAUGACGAUAAGAAAGAAAUAACAAAACGGAAGAUUUGGCUUUCUUUGCGUCUAUCUAUCCUACACAAAAAUUUAUCUUUGGAUACAAUUCAAGAGGGAAUGGUUCUUAGCGCAUACGUGAAAAGCAUUGAGGAUCACGGUUUCAUGCUUCAUUUUGGAUUGCUCUCUUUUGCGGGAUUUAUGCCGAAAGACACCCAAUCUGAGGGUGGAAACAGUAAAGUGAGCAUUAAUCAGAUUUUACAAGGGUUUGUUAAAAGAGUCGACAGGGCUCGGAAGGUUGUUCAUUUGAGUUCUGAUUCUGACACGUUGUCAAAAUCUGUGACCAAAGAGCUUAAGGGUAUUUCAAUUGAUAAUCUCGUUCCUGGAAUGCUGGUUAAUGCUCGAGUGCAGUCAACCCUUGAGAAUGGCAUCCUUUUUUCCUUCCUUACUUACUUUACUGGAACUGUCGAUGUAUUUAAUUUGGAUAAAACCUUUCCCUCUUCAAACUGGAGGAAUGAUUAUACCAAAAAUAUGAAGUUCAAUGCUCGAAUCUUGUUCAUUGAUCCUUCUACGAGGGCUGUUGGGUUAACGUUAAACCCUCACCUAGUCAGUAAUAAGGCUCCAUCACCUCUUGUCAAAAUUGGCUAUAUCUCUAGUCAAUCUAAAAUAGUCAGGGUUGAUAAGGGUUCAGGCCUUCUUUUGGAAAUUCCUACUCUGCCAACUCCAACCCCAGCCUAUGUCAAUGUAGCUGAUGUUGCUGACAAAGAAGUCGGAAAAUUGGAAAAGAAUUUCAAGGAAGGGAGUCUUGUUCGUGUUAGGGUACUGGGAUACAAGCACUUGGAAGGGCUUGCUACUGGUACCUUGAAGACUAGUGCCGUGGAAGGCUUGGUUUUCACUCAUGCUGAUGUGAAGCCGGGAAUGGAGGUAAAAGCUAAAGUCAUUGCAGUGGACAGUUUCGGUGCUAUUGUACAAUUUGCUGGAGUGAAAGCCCUGUGUCCUCUCCGACACAUGUCAGAGCUUGAUAUUGCAAAGCCUAGGAAAAAAUUUCAGGUUGGAGCUGAGUUGAAUUUUCGAGUUCUUGGUUGCAAAUCCAAGAGAAUCACUGUUACACACAAGAAAACGCUUGUUAAGUCGAAGCUACCAAUUGUUAGUUCCUAUGCUGAUGCAGUUGAUGGGCUAGUCACUCAUGGGUGGAUAACAAAGAUUGAAAAGCAUGGUUGCUUUGUCCGGUUCUACAAUGGGGUUCAAGGAUUUGCCCCCAGAUCUGAACUUCGUUUGGAACCUGGAGGGGACAUAAGUUCCUCAUAUCAUGUUGAACAAGUUGUCAAGUGUAGAAUUGUGAAAUGUAUUCCUGCGUCGCGUAGAAUAAACCUCAGUUUCAUCAUAACGCCUACAAGGGCUUCAAAGGAUGAGAAUGUGAAACCAGGCAGCCUGGUCUCUGGCGUUGUUGAACAUAUAACGCCUCAAGAAGUGAUAUUGGAUAUUGAUGGAUCAAGUCACAUUAAAGGCACCAUCUCACGUGAACAUUUGACUGACCACCAUGGCCUUGCUUCUCGAUUGAUGUCCGCCAUAAAGCCAGGAUAUCAUUUUGAUGAAUUGUUGGUACUUGAUAUUGAAGGAAACAAUGUCAUACUUACUGCCAAGUAUUCACUAAUUCAUUCAGCCAAGGAGCUCCCUGUUGAUAUUAGCCAAGUUACUACCCACUCCGUGAUGCAUGGUUACAUAUGCAAUAUAAUUGAAAAUGGCUGCUUUGUUCGUUAUAUUGGACGUUUAACUGGAUUUGCUCCCAAAAGCAAGGCUACUGAUGGAAAAAGAUUGGAACUCUCUGAGAUCUUCUAUGUUGGACAGUCUGUUCGCAGCAAUGUCAUUGAUGUUAAUACAGAAACAGGUAGAAUAACACUAUCGUUGAAGCAAUCAUUGUGCUGCUCCACUGAUGCAUCUUUUAUUCAAGAAUAUUUUCUUGUGGAAGAAAAGAUUGCAAAGCAGCAAGCGUUGGAGUCAGAAGACCCUGGAUUGAGAUGGAUGAAUGAAUUUGGUGUAGGUAGUAUCAUUGAAGGGAAAAUACAUCGAAUUGAGGAUUAUGGUGUUGUUAUAAGUUUUAAGGAACACAAGGAUGUAUAUGGCUUUAUCUCACAUCAUCAGCUGGCGGGGACCACGAUGGAGAGAAAUUCUGUUGUCAAAGCUGCAGUCCUUGACGUUUCAAAAAUAGAGCGCCUCGUGGAUCUAUCUCUGAAGCCAGAAUUCAUAAGUAGAGCAAAAGAAGAGAACUCUAAUUCUGAAACACUUAAGAAGAAGCGCAAAAGAGAAACCGAUAAAGAGUUGGAAGUAAAUCAAACAGUAAAUGCAACUGUUGAGAUUGUGAAAGAAAGUUAUUUGGUUCUUUCGCUUCCAUCUUAUGGUCAUUCCAUUGGCUACGCAUCACUUAGUGAUUACAACACUCAGAAAUUACUUUCUAAACAGUUUAUCCAUGGACAGAGUGUCUCUGCCUUGGUAAUGGCUCUACCAGCUACUGCAACAGGUGGAAGAUUGCUUCUGCUUCUCAAAUCUUUGAGUGAUGGUGUCGACACAUCUAGUUACAAGAGGGCGAAAAAGAGGUCCGGCUAUGAUGCCGGAUCUCUAGUUCAGGCUGAGAUUACUGAAAUAAAGCCUCUUGAACUCAGAGUGAAAUUUGGAUCUGGAUUUCUUGGGAGGAUACAUAUAACUGAGGUAACUGAUGAUAGUUCUACUGGAAAUCCAUUUAGUGAAUACAGAAUUGGGCAAACACUGUCAGCCAGGAUUGUGUCUAUGGGCAGCAAGACAGAAAACUUUAAAAAAGCUUAUGGAUAUGAAUUAUCUAUCAAACCGUCCUUGCUUAGUGGAUUGAGGGACAUAGAUGAACAGAAUUCCGAAGAGUUCAACUAUUCCUAUGGUCAACAUGUGUCCGGUUACGUAUAUAAGACGGACUGUGACUGGGCUUGGCUGACUCUAUCUCGCGAUGUAAGGGCGCAGUUGUAUAUUCUUGAUUCUUCAUGUGAGCCUUCUGAACUGGCGGAGUUUCAGACUCGGUUCCAUGUGGGAAAGGCUCUUUCAGGUUACGUAAUCAGUGUGAAUAAUGAGAAGAAGUUGCUGCGCAUAGCUUUGUAUAAGCCAUUUGAUAGUUCAGGGGAAAUCAAAGAUAUUGAUUCUGAUCAGCAGUUACUGUGCCAUAUAGCAGAAGGUAGUAUCGUGGGUGGUAGGAUUUCUAAGAUUCUUCCCGGUGUUGGGGGGUUGCUAGUCCAAAUUGAUCAUCACCAUUUUGGUAAGGUUCAUUUUACUGAAUUGACAAACUGGCUCCCCGAGCCUCUUGCGGGAUACCGCCUUGGACAGUUUGUCAAAUGUAAAGUUCUGGAAAUUAAUCGAGCUAUUAAGGGCAUAGUCCAUGUUGACUUAUCACUACGAUCAACCGGCCAAGGAUCUACCAUACACACUUCCACACAGCUUGUGGACAAGAUAACCGAUCUUCACCCAAAUAUGGCUGUUCAGGGCUAUAUUAAAAACAUCUCCCCAAAGGGAUGUUUUAUUAUGCUUUCAAGAAAGAUUGAUGCGAAAAUUCUUCUUUCAAAUUUGUCGGACACAUUUGUUGAGAAUCCAGAGAAGGAAUUUCCUAUUGGAAAGCUUGUGUCUGGCAGGGUGCUUUUGGUGGAGCCAUUGUCUAAGCGGAUAGAAGUUACCCUGCAGACUUCAAAUGCGAUAGGUGCAUCAAAGUCGAGUACUAAUUCCUUCAGCCAUAUUAAUAUUGGAGAUGUGAUUCAUGGAAGAAUCAAGCGCGUGGAGUCUUAUGGAUUGUUUAUAUCCAUUGAUCAGACGAAUGUGGUUGGGUUAUGUCAUGUUUCGGAGCUUUCUGAUAACCACGUGGAUGAUCUAGAGACGAAGUUUAAAGCAGCGGAGAGAGUGACGGCAAAAGUUUUGAAGGUGGAUAAAGAGAGAAAUAGAGUUUCCCUUGGUAUGAAAAAAUCAUAUUUCACACAGGAGGAAGCAUUUGAGACAUCUCCAACACAAAACGGUUCUGAGCCAUCAGUGAUACCACCGAGUAACUCUGCUUUUGUUGACAACACACAUAAUGAAUAUGACCAUCUUCCUAUAUUAGCGGACGUCGAAUCUAGGGCCUUUGUGCCGCCACUUGACGUUUCUCUUGAUGACAUUGAUGGAAUAGACAUCUAUGAUAAUGUUGGUCAAAGUGUGGAAAAUGCUACUACAGAUGUGGAUACCACAGAAGAGAAAAGCAAAAAGAAAGCAAAAAAGAAGGCUAGGGAAGAAAGGGAAAGAGAAAUAAGAGCCGCUGAGGAGAGACUGCUCGAAAAGGACAUCCCAAGGAGUGCAGAUGAAUUUGAGAAACUUAUUAGGAGUUCCCCAAACAGCAGUUUUAUAUGGAUAAAAUACAUGGCAUUUAUGCUCUCAUUAGCCGAUAUUGAGAAGGCACGAUCGAUUGCCGAAAGAGCUUUGCAGUAUUGUGAUCCUAAAAAGGUCCACCUUGCCCUAUUGGGAAUGUAUGAGAGAACCGAACAACAGAAAUUGGCUGAUGAGCUUCUUGACAAAAUGUGUAGAAAGUUCAAGCAUUCAUGCAAGGUCUGGCUGAGAAAAAUCCAAUCUCUUUUGAAAGAAAACAGUGAUGCAGUUCAGUCCAUUGUGAAGCGUGCUCUUCUGACUCUUCCCCGGCACAAGCAUAUAAAGUUUAUUUCACAGACUGCCAUCCUCGAGUUCAAGUGUGGAGUUCCAGAUCGCGGGAGAUCGAUGUUUGAGGGGAUGCUUCGGGAGUAUCCUAAGAGGACUGAUUUAUGGAGCGUCUAUUUAGACCAAGAGAUCCGGUUUGGGGAUGUGGACCUGAUUCGUGCAUUAUUCGAGAGAGCAAUAAGUUUGAGCCUUCCACCAAGGAAGAUGAAGUUUUUAUUCAAGAAGUAUCUCGAGUAUGAAAAGUCCAUUGGCGACGAAGAACGCAUCAAGUCGGUGAUGAAUAAGGCAAUGGCUUAUGCUGAUAAUACGCUUGCUUGA